AUGUACGAUCUUCAGGUGAGAAACAUGAGAGGUCAAGGGUAUGACGGUGCUAGUAAUAUGAGAGGCAUUUAUAAUGGAUUGCAAGCAUUGUUUCUUGAAGAGUGUCCUUAUGCGUACUAUGUCCACUGUUAUGCUCACCGCUUGCAAUUGACAUUGAACGCUACAGCUCAAGGGGUGCAGGAGAUUUGGCAAUUCUUUACAACCUUGAGUUUAAUUGUGAAUUUUGUUGAUGCUUCUGCUAAGCGGCAUUCUGCAUUGAGAGCCGUAAGAAAGGAGGAAAUUGCAAAUUUGACUCUUAAUGAUAUGAUUGAUAAAGGAGUUGAAGGACAAGCUGAAGCCAUUCUCAAAGCUUUGAGGUCAUUUGAUUUUGUGUUCUGCUUACUUCUAAUGAACAAGGUAAUGAGAGUUACUAAACUACUUUGUCAGACACUGCAGCGGAAGUCUCUUGAUCUUGUGCAAGCUAUGAACUUUGUAAGAGUUACAAAGUCACUUCUUCGGGAAAUGAGAGAGGUAGGGUGGGAUGAUUUGGUAAGAGAUGUGGAAUCAUUUUGUGAAAAACAUGAUCUUGAAAUGCCUGAUAUGAGUGCUCGUUAUAAGAAUGGUACAGGUCGUCGUUGUCAAGAGAUUACAGUUGAGCACCAUUAUCAUGUAGAUGUGUUCAAUGUCUUGAUUGAUUAUCAGUUGAGUGAGUUGAAUAGAAGAUACUCAGAGCAAGCAUCAGAACUCCUUACACUUAGUUCAUCCUUGGAUCCUCGUGAUGACUUCAGGUACUUCAAAACUGAAGAUGUUUGCAAUCUUGCUAAGAAGUUUUAUCCUGAAGAUUUUGAUGAUGGUGAAAUGUGUGCUCUUGAAUUAGAGUGUGCAUAUUAUGAGAAGGAUAUGCGAAGUGAUCCAAAGUUCAAGAAAUUGGAAUCCAUUGCUGAGUUGUGCCACAUUUUGGUUCAAAUAAGGAAGUCGGAAUUUUAUCCCAUGAUUCACAGAUUGAUUUGUCUUGUUUUGACUAUUCCAGUGUCUACGGCAACCACUAAAAGGGCAUUUUUAGCCAUGAAUAUUAUUAAGAAUAGACUCAGAAGUAAGAUGGAAGAUGACUUUCUUGACGAUUGCAUGGUCCUUCACAUUGAGAAGGAGUACGCCGAUUCUAUUGAUAAUGCGGUAGUGAUUGAGGAUUUUGAAAAUUUAUCAAACCGUAGAGUCAAAUUUAGUUAG